AUGGCCGAAGCUCCAAUUGUCCUCGAUGGCGGUACCGGUUUCCUCAAGGUCGGCUAUGCAGGACAGAACUUUCCCGAACACCAAUACCCGUCCAUCGUCGGCCGGCCGAUCCUACGUACCGAAGAGCGCGAUGGCGGCGACAUACAGCUCAAGGACAUCAUGUGCGGGGACGAAGCAGCGGCAGCGCGCUCUAUGCUUCAGAUUACGUACCCUAUGGAGAAUGGUAUCGUCAAGCGCUGGGACGACAUGACACAACUAUGGGACUACACCUUCUCCGAGAAGCUCCAAAUCGAUCCCACCGGUCGCAAGAUUCUCCUCACCGAACCGCCCAUGAACCCUCUCAAGAACCGCGAGACCAUGUGCGAGGUCAUGUUCGAGCGCUACAAUUUCGGCGGUGUAUACGUGGCUAUCCAGGCGGUGCUGGCUUUGUAUGCGCAAGGCCUAUCGUCUGGUGUGGUAGUCGACUCCGGCGAUGGUGUCACACAUAUCGUCCCCGUCUACGAAUCCACGGUCCUGAACCACCUGACUCGCCGUCUGGACGUUGCCGGACGUGAUGUCACGCGCAACCUGAUUGCGCUGCUGCUGCGAAGGGGUUACGCGCUCAACCGGACUGCUGAUUUCGAGACGGUCAGACAGAUCAAGGAAAAGCUAUGCUACGUCUCCUACGACCUCGAAUUAGACCAGCGCCUCAGCGAAGACACAACCGUCUUAGUUGAAUCGUACACAUUGCCAGACGGUCGUGUUAUCCGUGUUGGCAGCGAGCGCUUCGAGGCACCCGAGUGUCUGUUCCAGCCUCACCUGGUGGACGUUGAACAGCCCGGUAUCGCUGAGUUCCUGUUCAACACUAUUCAGUCGGCGGACGUGGAUGUCAGGAGUAGCUUGUACAAGGCCAUCGUCCUCAGUGGUGGUAGCAGCAUGUACCCAGGUCUGCCCAGUCGACUGGAGAAGGAGCUCAAGCAGCUGUGGCUCACAAAGGUUCUGGGUGGCAACCCCGAGCGACUCAACAAAUUCAAGGUCCGCAUUGAAGAUCCACCUCGGCGACGACACAUGGUCUUUCUUGGUGGCGCUGUGCUGGCAAACAUUAUGGCCGACAAAGAAAACAUGUGGAUAUCAAAGGCAGAGUGGGAGGAACAGGGAACACGUGCGCUGGAGAAGCUGGGCGCGAGAUAA